AUCUGGAUUAUUGAAAUUCGUGUUGCCGGUGAUUCUGACAAGAAGGGGUUUCUGGUUGUCUCACCCAAUCUUGAUCAGCAGAAUUACUAGUAGGGAUGAGGAUCAAAAGAUUCCUAUCAUUUCCAAUUUGUAUGGUGCUUUCUUUGAUGGCCUUUGUUUACUAUACUACGGUUUUCAUUUUCAUUGAAGAUUGGUUGGGAUUAAGGAGCUCUGCUGGUACACUGCACAUGUUGAUCUUCAGUUUUUUUGCUUUCAUGAGCUUCUUCUCCUUUGGUGCAUGUGUUCUUAUCGAUCCAGGGAAUGUUCCAUCCACCUUUGUUCCCGAUGUGGAAGACGAUGGCGGCUCCGAUCAUAGGUCCAGAAAAAGUAGUGGUGCACAUUCAAGAUACUGUGAUAAGUGUUCCACCUACAAGCCUCCCCGAGCUCAUCAUUGCAGGGUUUGCGAAAGAUGUGUUCUGAGGAUGGAUCAUCACUGUCUGUGGGUGAAUAAUUGCGUUGGCUUUUCAAAUUAUAAGCCCUUUGUAGUCCUCAUCACAUAUACAACAGUAGGCUGCAUAUAUUCCUUGGUCAUGAUUAUGAGUGGUGCACUUCAGAAGGAUUGGGAAUUUGGUCCCCUCAAGAUGGUAUAUAUUACCUGUGGAUCAAUUAUUGGUGUCUUAUGCUUGAUUUUGGUCACUCUCUUGGGUUGGCACCUCUAUCUCCUAAGCCAUAAUAUGACGACAAUAGAGUACCAUGAGGGAAUAAGAGCAAAAUGGUUAGCUAGGAAAUCUGGAAAAAGCUAUCAUCACCGGUAUAAUGUUGGGUUCUACAGAAACAUUACUUUGAUAUUGGGUCCAAAUAUGCUGAAAUGGUUUUGUCCGACAUCAAUUAGCCAUCUCAAAGAUGGCAUUAGCUUUCCUGCUGUACGUGACGGUUCAUAACAUCUGCCAGCAUGUAGACCAUGAUAUUGGGUGGUCUGUGAGGCUUUGAAGCAGUGUGAGAAUAAUGCAAUUUCUUUUGCUCUUUUUUCUGGAUACUAAGGUGGAAACACACUCAAAAGAAAACAAUUAACAUGCAACAGCCAGAAUUCUUUCUGGACCACCAUGGCUAAGUUCUAGAAUCCAAAUGAUUCAAAAGCACAGUAGCAAGAUUGGGUUUAUUUGUAAAGCCCAAAAAACACAGAUUGCAUACUACACAACAAGGUUAUCAUUGGGAUUGUUCAUAGGAGAAGAAGAUUUGGAAAAGGAAAUCUAGUAAGCAUUUUGUAUGCUCAUGUUAUGAAGAACACAACAUGAAUCUUGUUUCUUGAUGAAUUAUUCAUGUGCAUUUUGUUCAUUUAUAUUACUAUCUGUUUAUCUUAGUGGGGA